AUGAAUAAAAAACCACCAGAAACUAUUCCGAUGCUCCCUAAGCGAAACAUCAACCCAAUAUACAAACAUGUUAAAAGCCGGUACCUGGAUAAAAGUAGGAUGGAGAAAAAACAACACGAUGAAACGAAAAAAUGUGAUUUAAUGAAAAGUAAAAGAGUAAAAUCGUCCCUGUCAUUAGAAUCGUUCAGUGAGGAGAUGAACAUUGAUCGCUACAAAUUGCUUACACUAGCCGAUAAGUGUUUCAUUGAUCAGUUGGAGAACAAUUUUCAUUCAGAAUAUACAAACUUCAUACUGAAUAUGGACAACAGACGUCAAAUUCAAAAUCAUACAUACAUAUGUGGUCCAUCAAUUUUAUCAGAACCGAAUCUGCUAUUAACUAUACAUGAUUUGCUGAAAGUAAGCGAAUCGCCGAUUGACAUGUUACAUGCUGUAUUCUUGGUCUGCCAAUACGAGAAAACUGACACAGAUGAAUGGUUUGAUCCACCAGAGUACAAAUGGUUGUGGGUGGCCGAAGCCAUUAUGAUUGCUGCUCUUAUGUUGAACAAUCGUGCCUGUAACGAUGAUGGUAGCAACGAUAAUAGACCAGAAUCUGCGGUGUUCUGGUACGCGGCCGGCGUAUUUUACGGCAGCAACGGAUAUACGAAAGAUGCUAUAGAUUACCUAGAGAAGGCACGAACYAUUGCCGACGGCCCAAACAGACUAGUAUUUCCAACAGUUAUGUCUGACUUACACUUCGCAAUGGGAGUUGAAGAAUAUGGGGGGUUUGUUAAAGAGCCAUACAGCGUUUGGACACUGGCAUGUUUAUUCCAAAAACAACUUUUGAGACAAAUUGCUAUCCAUCAAAAGCCUGAUAAAGCGCUACGUACAUUACAAAAUGCUUACAGCCUGCUUGAAGCGUCUAGUGAACCGGACAGUAUUCCACAGAUGCUAAAGGCAGAAGUACAGUUCGAGUUGGGUCACAAGUACAAAUCAGUCGGUUCAACUGAGCACUCAGUAAAUGCUUUCUAUGAAUGCGUCAGAUCUUCAGAAAACAUACAUCAUGAAAUGCAUUUAGAAGCAAAGAUUAUGGUAGCAGAAAUGGAUCCCAAUCCACCAGAAAACUGGUCUUUACUGGAGUUAAAAGAAGAAGCGAAAAAAAGGUUGAACUUUCGAUUGCUUGUCAAAACUAUUGUGACGCAAGGAAUUAAAGCCAAAAAAAAUGCAAGAUUUGAAGAAGGUUUUCAUCACUUUGCAGUAGCUGAAUGGCUGAUCAGAAAGACAAGGAAACAAAAUGCUGAUGCUCUAGAUAUAGAAAUAGCUUUAUUUGACAUGGCCAUCUGUCGAACAGAAAGGAUGUUUAAGAUGUUUCCCAUAUCGAACAAAAUUGAACCUAUGUACCAAGUCAACGAAAUCAACCAAUGGACAGAUCCAGGUGAAAAAUAUAUGCACUGUGAAGCUAUAAAAGAAGCCAAGGAAUUGUAUAAUUUGUUUGAAGACACACUCGAUGAGUCAGACGAUGACAUAAUGAUUUGCAGUAACAGCGAACAGUUUUUGAACGAAGACGAGCAGUUUUCGGUCGAGRAUGAACAAUUUUUGGACGAUGUCGAGCAGCUUUCGCUCGAUGGAGACAAUCAGCAUUCAAACCGAAAUGAGCAGUUUUUGAAAAGCGAUAAGCAUUUUUCGGUCAAUUUCUCAAGUCAGUUUAAUAACUAUAAAUUGUAA